CCCAAAAAUAAUUCCCCCGUGAUUAAAAGUAUUAAAUAGUUUAAGGUAUUACGAAGGAUGCAAGCUAUUAAACAGGGGUGGCUGGCGAGUUCUAACAACUAAUGGCCAACCUUUCUCGCUCGAUCCCAGCUGCCCGAGGCUUGCAAGGUAUAGACACAUUUCUGUGAACUAUCAGUUCUCAGCUGAGGAGGAUUCCAUUGAAUUGGCUGGACUGCCCCGGCAGGUUUUUUUGGGUAAGGUUCCUGAGCGGACUCCUGAUGUUUUCUUCUUUAGAAGUACUGAGGAGUACCCAAGAGUCGACUAUGCUCAACAUUUUGAUGUCCGUGGAACUCUUGCACUCCCAGUUUUUGAACAAGGCAGUCAGACAUGCUUGGGUGUUAUUGAGGUUGUGAUGACCACUGAAAUGUAACUAUCGUCCUGAGCUUGAAAGCGUCUGCAAAGCACUUGAGGCAUGCAACGAGUUCUACCAAGCUGCAUUACCCGAAAUUCUAGAGGUCUUGACAUCUGCCUGUGGAACACAUGAACUGCCUUUGGCUCAAACUUGGGUCCCAUGCAUCCAACAAGGUAAAGGGGGUUCCCGGCACACUGAUGAGAACUAUGCCACUGUGGAUUCUGCUUACUGUGUAGCUGAUCCCCGUACCCAAGGGUUUCUCGAGGCUUGCUCUGGGCACCACCUACUGAAAGGUCAAGGCGUUGCUGGAAGAGCAUUCACAACUAAUGAACCGUACUUCUCAGCAGACAUAGCCUCCUUUAGCAAGACUCAGUAACCUCCCUCUCAUCAUGCGAGGAUGUUUGGACUAUGUGCUGCUGUUGCAAUACGCCUGCGGAGUAUUCAUGUUCCUUCAUCUGACUUUGUCUUGGAGUUCUUCUUACCUGUAGACUGCAGGGAUGCUGAAGAACAGAAGAGGAUGCUUUGUUCAUUGUCCAUCAUCAUACAGAAGGUUUGCCCGAGCCUAAGGGUUGUCACAGACAAAGAGCUGGAGGAAACUCCUUCCCUGGUUAGUGAACUGACAGUCCUCUCAGAUGGUAGUCCCGCCAGGGAUGAAACAGAGAAGCUGCAACAUACACCCACUGAAAAAUGUUCCCAAGAACAGUCAUCCUGGACAGCCUGUCUCAAGGAGGCCCAACAGAGUAGCAGUAUUACCCCGCCAUUCCAAAAGGAAAAAGUGAGGGAGAGGUUGAGUGAGAGGUACCCCAUUCCUCCUGCUUUCUGCACUGGUAGGCAUGGAAAGGUCAGGCCCUCUAAUUCCUUAGCGUUAAGUUUAAAUUUGAUGUAGAAUUUUAACUCAAUAAACAAUAAACCAGUAUUGGGUUCAAACUCAUUCGAUUUUAUGAACCCAGUGCAUUUAUUAGUUUGGAAUAGGAUAAUGUUCAUGGUUGUGUGGUGACAUCUAAAGUGGUGGCGGUGAGUGUUAUGUGGUUAUAUCAACUUGGUGGGGGUUGUGUUGGCGUCAGCUGGUGAGGAUAGUUGGUGGAUUGAAGGCAAAAGGUCUGCAUUGGGUGUGGGAGCCACCUCACCUCCACAUUGAUUAAACCGGUUAGGCAUCUUGCCACAUUUGAUCUACUUAAAAGUGAUAUCAUGCAUAAUCCUCCCACUCUUUCUAAUGUGGCAGAAAUUAUCAGCUUACUUGGUGUGGAGUUGUGACAGUUUCCACAUCCUAGACACACUUGGAAAUAAUAAAUUGCUUUUUAAAACAAAUAAUGCUUUCCCUCAACUGCAAUACACCUUUUUCUUUGUUUGGGUUCUUAAAAAAAAGGUAGUUUUAAUAUUUAAAUUCCUGCUAAACAUGAUAUUAUUUGCCUUUUGCUUUUAGAAAUUAAGAAAAGUAAGAGGGCGCCUUUUGGGUCCAUUUUGAAUUUUACUAGUAGAACGAAUUGAUUAAAAAAUAAACUUGAAAAAAAUAUAUACGCAAGUGUCUGUUAACAUAUAUUUAGACAAAGGCUAUUGGAUAAUGCAGUGCAUCAUUCCAAAGGAGAACAACUUCAAGCAGCCUCCUAGCAAGGAGGAAAAUGUCGGGAUAUAUCGGCGAUAUAUCGCCGAUAUAUCGUGUAUCGGGAGGGGUCGACACGAUAUUUCGUGAAGAAAAAUCGGAGGAGAGAUAUUUCCGUAAAUAUCGCCAAAAUAUCGGCGAUAUAUCAGUUCUGGGAGAUAUAUCAGAGAUAUUUUGAAAAAAUCGC